AGUUGUCGGUUAAGCGCAUGCAUACGAGGGUUUGCGAACAGUAACAAUAACACUGAAGCGGAAUAAAAAUAUUUUUUAGUUUCCGAGAGGUUGAUCUCUAGCGGCUACUUAGUCUGACUUCCCUUUCGCGGCAAGCCCGACUGUCUUCAUAGCUCUCAGAACAGGGGUUAGGGGAAGCGGUACUUGUGGCUUGCGUUUUCUUGUUUACCUUGCUUGAGUGUGUAUAUUGGAUCCGCUUUUGUGCUUAUAAACAACUUUGGAUUCUUAUGAUUUUCUGCAGAGCUUUGAUCUUUUUCUUUUUUUCUUUUUCUUUCUGGUUUGUUUUUUUUUUUUUUGCUUUGCUCCCUCCCUGAUGGAUUUUACUAUGCCUCCGUCAACGAGCCCUGGCUGGCAAAGUUGCUGUGUCCCAGCGGAGACUCUUAGGCGAGAUGGAGGAGUUCAGAUCCGCAGCCUGCCAGAAGAACGUCGCCCAGGAGGGGUUGCUAGCCUCGAGCUAUAGGCGCUGGCGUUCAGGACCUCGGGGAACGACUGUGUGCUGCCGUGAAGAACUACAGGCUACCACCGCUCUCGGACCUUUGAUGCUGUUCUGAGGGCCAGCAACUCGAAGGGAUGCAGCUCGGCCCUUUUUGUUGACUUUGGUGAUGCUGUUUUGAGGAAGCAUGUAAGUACAGAAGGGGUCUGGGAGGGUUUUCAAACAAGACGGGAAAGAGCAAGGAAGAUUUGAGAGCGUGGAAAAACUAGGUGCCGCGGGUACUGAAGUUGUUACGGGCUGAGGGCGUUUGGCGUUGAGCAUCUGAGAGGGGCUAAUGCACGAGGAAUGGUAAAAUGCUGUGACUGAACGCGAGGUUCCUCCCCGGCCUGGGCCCGUGUGUGCACCCUCGCUCCCACAGACACCCCGGAGCCGUAGGGAAACGGGUGAGCAGGCCCACGAGCGGACUUUGGGCACAGCGGUGCGCAGAGAGCACUGCGGGCUCAGCCGGUGGGGUGGAGUCGGAGCAUGGCGAGCCAGGCUGUCGGGAUCCAUCCGGUUCCGCUCCCUGCCCCUCUGUCCAGCGCUCCAUCCUUCUCUUUCUUUCCCCGUGGCUCUGUCCAGUGCCCCAUCCCUUUGUUUAGCUACUCGUUCCUCUGCCCAGCUCCCCCAUCCCUCUUGUACUCUUUCCAUCUCUGUGACAAUAUCUGCGUCCAUCUAACUGGCUCUCUAUCGCUCUAUCCAGCUCUUCAUCGUCCUCUUCCUCUUCCUAUCCCAGUACCUGCCCGCUGUCCUUCCGUGCGGCUCCCCAUCCGUCUGCCGCUCUCGUCUGCCUUUCUGCCUGUACUUCUCUUUGCCUUCCCAGCCCUCUGUCCACCCCUCCAGCCAUCUCUCUCUAUUUCCAUCCCUCUGCUCAGCUCCUCAUCCAUCUAUUUGCCUCCCUAUCCCUCUUUUCCCCUGUUUUGUCCCAUCUCUCUGUCUGAAUUGCCCUCCCUCUUUUUCUCUCUCCACCUUUCUGGCCAGCUCUUCGUCGUUCUCGUCCUCUUCCCAUCGCUCCUACUGGCUCCCUGUCCCUCUCUUCCCGUCCCCGCUCCUCUCUCCGGUUCUCCCCCCUUCUCUGUUGCUCCCUCGCCAUUCCUCUGGCCGCCUCGCCUUCCCCAUUUUUCUCUCUUCUGCUCCCCGGUCCUCUGUGCAGCCCUCCCUCCAUCUGUGUGGCCCUCUGUCCCUCUCUUUCUCUUCCUUUGUCCAGUGCCCAGACCCUGGGGCCGGCUCUCUGUCCCUCUCUUUCUUUCUCCCUCCAUCCAUCUGCCAAGCUCUCUGCCCCUCUUUUCUUUUGUUCUCCCCCCUGUCCCCGCGUCCAGGUGGAGGUCUGUCGUUCCUUUGCGUUUUGUCUGGUGCGGCGGGUGGCGAGAGGUGGUCGGCGCUCGGCAGAGAUGGUGAUCGGCAGCGCCCGGAGGGUGCCGUCGGUCGGUCUGGUUCGGGUCACGUCGGACACCUCCGCGGGGACUCUGCCCGCGGAGGCGCAGGGCUGUGGCUGUGCAGCGGGGGAGCGCUAGCGGGCUAGAGAUGUCGUGGGGUACGCGGCAGGCAGCGAAGAGGCUCCUGGGGAAGGUGUCACGGAGGCAGAGAGCAGCAGAGGCUCCGAGACCUUGGGCGUUAGGACAGGCGCUCGCGGUAGGGCGGUCUGGAGCUGCUGCUGCUGUCUGUCCUACUCGUCAGCGCGGUCUGCAGUUACUGCCUCUUGUCUGCCUGCGCGCAGCCAGGGCUGUCACGUGGUGCAGCUUGAGUUGUGAUUGCGAUGCUGGCAUUGAGCCCACUUUUCUGUCAGGUCUGCCUUUAUGCAAAGUGGUGUCUUCCCUAUGUCUACAGCUCAACCCAUGUUGUUGAUUUAGUGCUUCCUGAGGGGAUAUGCUGUGCUGUCAACACGCACACCCACCCCACCCCUGCCAUCGCUUCCUGAUGAAUGCAAUCAUUUACAUAGCUUCUGGCUUGUUUCUUUCCUUGGAACUCCUUUCUCUUUGCUGUUCUGGUCCCUCCAAACAAUUUCUGUUUCUAGCAUUAUUAGUGUUGGGCCCUAAAACUUCUAGACCUUCCUUCUUUGAAGUCCAGAGGUUCCAGUAUUGUUUGUACUUUGAGAGUAAAGGUCCUUCACAACUCAUGUCUUAAGUAUGCAACUGUCUUACCUGGGAUUUUCCUUUUCGCAAGUUACUGUUUCUUUCAGGAGCCAGCUACAACAGUAACUUUGCUAUAGCAGAGAAAUGGGGUUACAUGUGUAUGAGCAACAGCACCGUAGUACACAGCAAAGCCAUAAUCUACAGUACUGGUAGCACAAGUCAGUUUCCCAUCAGCUCCAUCUCUCCAGGGUUUGGAGGUUUUGGAGGCCUUACUUUUUAUCCUGCCUUGGCUGGACGGUGCUUUCUGAGAGUGUCCCUCAGAGGCAGAGUUUCCCUGCGGAGGACCAUCUAGCAAAGGCUGGAGGCGGCCGGGUGCCUGAGCGAGCCUGCCUGUCCGUGAGAGCUGCUGUGACAUCUUUGUGAUGAAAUGGAGCCAGAGAGGGUGACUGAAGCAGCACGGAGGGUCAGUCAUAACUGUGGGAACAAUUACGGGCCUUGGACUAGGGAGUAGUUCUAGGAGGGCUGUGCAGUUGCCCGGCCUCUAACUAACUGCUCUGGCCUCUUUGCAGGUGCCGAAGCCCAGUCGGGCAGUCGAAGGAGCCUUGUCACAGCUGGGAGCUCUGCGGAGAUGCGCGGCUGGCCAUGGAGAGUGAGCUCUGACUUGCAGCGUGGACACAGCUAAGUCCUGGGCUGCAUCAUAUGUGAGCAGUGCUGGGAGGUGCGAGGUGAUUGUUCUCUAGGUGGUCACUGGUGUCACUGGCUGUGGAUGUUUGCCCAUGGAGCUGAGAGGACCAAAAAUAUUAAUUGUCUGACCCGGAGAUGAAAUAGUGCUUGCAGUGCUUCAGGUAGGUUCAGUGCAAGUGCAGCCUAGUGCAGUCCUGUGGAGUGAUUCUUGCACAUGCUCACAUUUGAAUGGUGGCUAAAACCAAGCCUCUAAACAGCAGCUGUAACGUGAUUCUGGUGCAUGUCUUCCCGUUCUGCUGUGCUUCUAGAGGAAGGGAAAACUUCUUAAGCUGUGGGCAAAACUCCUUGCCUUCUCUUUACUGUUUUCAUGCGUAUGGGUGCUUUGGUGUUUGUUGCUUAAAGCUGAGGGUUUGAAAUUUUUCACUUAAGGUUUAUUGUUUAGUUUGUUGUUGAGGGUCUCUCACUCCGGAGUUACAGUUUAUUCCUUUCUUUUGUGGGGCUCAGUCUUUAUCAGUCAGGGUUUACAGUUUGCUCGUUUAGUGAUCAGGGCGCAGAAUUUAAAAUCCAACCUUAGCCAUAAAUUUUAAAGUCUCGGCAACUAUUAGGGUUCCAAGACCUGCAGUUAGUGUUCAGGGCUUAUGACUUACUGAUAAAGGAAAAGGGCUAAAUCCUUAGAUAAACUGUAAGCCCUGAAGCCUAAGCAGCAGGCUGCAAACCCUUCUUUGGGCUUUGUAACCUUCCCCUGUACCCAGCGUUCAGCUCUGCACACCGACCUGCGCUCUGGAUUUGAUAUGGCGCAGGCCCAUCACACGGAGACUGGCAAUGUGACGGGUGAGCUGAGAGCUGUGGAAGUGUCUUGCAGGGCUCUAGCCUGGGGUAGGGCAGAAGUGCAGACAGGCAGGAUCAGGCAUUUUCCUCUCAUCUCUGAGAUGAAUCCUAUCCCUGAAGGAAAAAGCAGAGGAGUAGGCUGUCAGCUACUCGGACACCUGCCACAUCAAGGGCAGCAGCAGGAGAUGACCCUUCCCUGAUGGAUGGAUGGACGCUGGUGUAGUGAUGACUCUUCAGGCAUCACAGGUAAGGGGAAGCAUGCUGACACUGAGCUCCAUGGCAGACUUGCUUCCAGCUAUUGUUUCUGCGCAGUAAAACAAUAAACAGUUGCUUUAUUCUUUGCA